GUUCAACCAUCCAGGAAAGGAACGGUGCCGGCUUUGGGAAGGCCUUUGCCUUGGAUUCCAUUCUCGUGCGAGGCCGUCCGUGAAUAGACAUUCUAGUCACUUCUAUAAAUAUCUGGAUGGGAGGGGGUUGCAUUAGUGUGGAAAGGGGAGUGUCGACUGAGAACGUUCUUAUAAAUCUCAGCACUUCCAAACAGGACACAGCACUUUCCAGAAAACUUUCAGAGCAAGAACAAACUUCAGCCAUGGCCGAGAGACGCAUUCCCUUCAGCUUCAUGCACAGCCCAUCCUGGGACCCUUUCCGCGACUGGUACCAGGGCAGCCGGGUCUUCGAUCAAGCUUUCGGGAUGCCGCCCUUCUCUGAGGAGAUGCCCACUUUCCCCACCACACACUGGCCCGGAUACAUUCGGCCCUUUGGAUUUCCCGAAAUGUCCCCUUUAAUGCAGAGCCCAAUGGCUCCGAUGUCGCCCUCUGUGACCAUGAUGCACCCCCCGAACUACAGCCGGGCCCUGUCCCGACAGAUGAGCUCAGGAAUGUCUGAGAUAAAGCAGACGCCGGAUGCCUGGAAAAUCAGCCUGGAUGUCAAUCACUUUGCCCCAGAGGAGCUGACGGUGAAAACCAAAGAUGGGGUGGUGGAGAUCACCGGCAAACAUGAGGAGAGGAAGGAUGAACAUGGCUUUGUGUCCAGAUGUUUUACCAGGAAAUACACUCUGCCCUCUGGUGUGGACUCUGAGAAGAUCACCUCCUCUCUGUCUCCUGAGGGCGUCCUGACCAUUGAAGCUCCUCUGCCCAAACCUGCCAUCCUGGGCUCUGAAAUCAACAUCCCUGUUAACACAGGCAGCGCAGUGACUGCUAGCACGACAAAGAAGCCCUGAGCACUACGACACACACACACACACACACACACACACACACACACACACACACACACACAGACAGACAGACAGGCAGAUCACAACGGUACUUUGAGCUUGUUCACAAAAGCAAAUUCCAUUUUAAUGUCUUGCAACUUCUAGUCUUUGUAAACUACAGGUAUGAGAGGAUGGAUUCCCAUAGUGCAUUCCCAUCUCAUUUUUUACAUCACUCCUUUUCAUCCUUGUCUCCUUUCUCAUCCUCCUCUCUUCUACUUGUAGUAAAUCACAACCACUGUGUACACACCAAUCUCUAGAAAACAUGCUCAUAUUUCACCCCUAAAUCAAAAA